AUGUAUACUCAUGUCUACCAAUUGGCCCAAGAGAUCAAGAAAGGAAUUGAAUCAACUGACUCAAGCAUUCAACUCGAUUUGUAUCAAGUACCUGAAACUCUUCCUCAAGAAGUUUUAACCAAAAUGUACGCUCCACCUAAGCCAGAACUUCCAAUUAUUACACCCGAAGUGCUAGCUGAAGCCGAUGGGAUUUUAUUUGGAUUUCCAACUCGAUUCGGUUCUAUGCCAGCUCAAUUCAAAUCAUUUUUGGAUAGCACCGGUAAAUUAUGGUCCAGUGGUAGUUUGAACAACAAAUUUGCCGGAAUCUUUUCUUCAACUGCAACUCAACAUGGAGGGCAAGAAACCACGGCUUACACUGCCAUCACGUAUUUAGCUCAUCACGGAAUCAUUUACGUUCCACUUGUAAGCAAAUUACCUUACUUUGGUCAAACCGAUGAAAUUAUCGGAGGUGGUCCAUGGGGAAGUGGCACAAUUACUGGAUCGGACGCUUCCCGCCCUGUUUCAGAUAGAGAAAAAGAAAUUGCAAGGGAUCAAGGCAAACAUUUUGCCGAGGUUGUAUCAACCUAUGUGAAAGGGAAGAAAGUGUAA